UUCAUUCGUAUAAUAGUCAACGGUAUCGAUGAUGAUCUGGUUUGUUUCAUCGCGGCUCGUUGUGACGUAUCUCCAUGUUUUCGAGGAAUUCACAUAUAUUCGAGAGAAGCAGGAAUACAACAUCGAAUCUUCGAUAUUAAAAGAAAGAGUCUUUAAGCGUUCAUUUGGUACGGCGAAGUGAAAAUCGAGAAAGGAAUUUUAUAGAUUAGAAAGAGUUAAAUAUGUCGCAAGAGGAAGAAGUUUUGAGUGAGAAAAACGAAAUGCCUCAGGCAAACAAUGCGCUUCUUUUUCGACUUGCUAUAACAAAGAGUUUUGAAAACAUCUCUGAAUCUGUUUGUAAGGAAGAAUUUCUCGAAUUACUGACUAUCGUUAAGAAACAGCCAUCUUCUUCGCUUGGGCGCAAAUUGUACAAAGCUAUGAUCGAUGAAUUGUUGGAGAAAAUGAACGAUCAAUUGAAGGAAAUAUAUCAAGAGGGUUCGUUGGAAGCUGGAUUGACAAAACUUUCCAAAUUGUCAGAAGAAGCAGGGAAUACAGUUAAUAAUGAAACUGUUUGGAGACCACCUGGAGAUGUUAAAAUACAUCUGAGAUCUUUAGACUCAGAAAAGAUUAAGGUAGAAUGUGAAAAACUAGAGAAAUGGUUGACUGAAAUAGAGAAUGAAAAUGCUAUGUUAAUGAAGAAACUGACUAAUGAUAGAGCUAAAGUAUAUACUAUUAAUAGCAGAAUAGCGAAGAUUUUACACCGUGGUCCUAUGAUUCAAGAACAUUUGGAAGAUCAAGUUGAGCAGUUGCAACAUUUACUCCAAGUUUUAGAAAAAGAUUGAGAUUCUCUCAGUGUUUUGUUUACGAAUACAAGAUAAAAGGAUUCCACUUGAAUUGUGAGAAA